ACUCUCUCUCUCUCUCCCUCCCUCUCUCUCAACUGAUCCUCUCAUUUCAUCAUCCUCUGAACUCUUUUGCUCUUUCUCUCUCGGCCCAUCCUCCGUCCAUCAUCAGUCUUUUUUUCGUGUCCCAUACAGAUUUCCCUUGACUUCUUUUCUCUCUGUCUUCCUGCUGAUUUCCCUCCUGGAUCUGGGUCGAGAUAUGAAGUGGCAUCAUGGGUUUCAUGGAGUUCUACCUGGAGAUUGACCCCGUCACCCUGAACCUCAUCAUCCUGGUCGCCAGCUAUGUCAUCCUGCUCCUGGUCUUCCUCAUCUCCUGCAUCCUGUACGACUGCCGGGGCAAAGACCCCACCAAGGAGUACGCGCCCGACAGCGCGCCGGCGCCGCCCAGCCAGUCGCCCAUACGCCUGGUGGUCAUGCAGAACUCGCCGGCCUCGUCCCGCUACGAGCCCAACAGCACGGCGGCCCACGGCGAGCUGCCGACGCCGGAGCUGAGCCGGGACCGAGGAGACAGGGAGCGGGAGAAGAGGAGCACCCUGGUCUGAGGAAGAGGAGUGAGAGGAGGAAGGCUCAGACUGAUACACCACCAAGUGCUGCUGGCUCACGUUGUACAGUGAUUUUAGUUCUGGACUCUUGUUUUGAAGCUGUAACAUCCGUCGAUGGCGUCGACGACGAGCAGCCGAGGUCAGCAGGAGGCUGUCGACAAAACCUGGUGAAAAUAAAAGCCCGAAAGUCCCUUGAGUUCCCAACAGCCUCGUCAUGGCCGAGCUGGACCGAACCACAUCCGGCACAGGAGCCAGCGGACGUCCCACAGGUUCACACCGGAGACCCAUCGCCGCCUCGUCUUUAACAUCUGGACUGGAGGAGAAACUGGGAGGGGUUGAGUUUACGAGGCUGUGGGUCAGAUCUCGACCAACCAGCUGUGACGCUGGUGGGAGACUGUUGAGAAAAUACUUCAGCAGAGAUUUGAUACAAAAAAAGGCAAACAGACUUAAUCUCUCUUUCUUCCUGAAACGACAAAAUCCCCUGGAACCAAAAGGCCUCGCCCCCCGUCAGGCCGCGCCCCCCGUCAGGCCGUCCCCUCUCAUUGGCUGUGGCAGCGAGUGGCAGAUGAUCCGACCCCGGGUCUUUAGCGGACUCGUGCCACAGAGACUCUCACUGGGACAAAUCCCCUUACAUAAAAAACACAGCCCACAGCGGAGUAAGCCUCCCAUCCCAGAUAUGAAUUGCAUAAUGACCCGCCCCCCUCCAUAUUUCAUGUUUGUGGAUUAUGUGGUGACCACUGCAGAGUAUUAGGAGCAUGUAUUAUGUAUUUGUUUUUCCCCUGUGCUGCCUUUUUGUCCAUGGGGGGUCGGCUUUACGUAAGUCUCGGUCAUCAGCGUCGUGUUCAGGCCUGACGGCUCAUCUGAUGCCGACAUGAGGCUCAGAGAGACUCGCCGCCGCCGCCGCCGCCGCACGCAACGCUGACGGUCCGACAGGAAACUGGAACUCGUCUGUGACGUCAGAUUGAAAACCAGAAUCCUGAGUGACAUCAGCUGUCUUCUUCUGUUUUCUUUAAAUAUCUAAAACCACCAAAAGUGAAACACUCAAAAGAAUCUUAGUCACAUGUUCAGGCAGUAAAACUGGAAUGUGUUGGAAUUCAUGCUUAAUUUUUUAUUUCACAUAAAAACCAUGAUAACAAACACGGAGAAAGUUUUUUGACAUCUGUGAAAAUGUUUUUUUGGCAUGUUUGUAGAUGUAAUACUCACUUCAUCCACAGGAGGCGGUGACGAGCUACGAUCUCGACGUAAAGAGGACGAGAACGUGAAACUUUUAUCGCUGGUUAUUUUUUCUCUAAAGGCAAGAUUCAUACAUCGUGUUUUAGAAAAUUGCGUCACAUUAGUACGGAUAAGUAUCUUAAUCACGUGAGGUCGUAUAAAAAAAGUUAGCACAUUUAAAUCCUCCCGACAUCUUUUGUUGUCCCGUCGUUGUUUAACUGUUGUUUUCUUUCUUGAAUCUUUUGUUGUGAAAAGACAAACAAUGUGUCAGAGUUUAAAAAUGUGCAUUAAAAUCUUUUUCAUCACUUGUAAACAACAACAAAAUGUGAAAAUCCAUUAAUAAAGAAACUACAGAAGCUGAACUGUGACGUUAAUGGAAAAAUUGUGUUGAACGCACAGAGCAGCGAUGUGAAACUACACAAAGUGAAAUGUUUCUGGGGUCAUGUGAAAAU